UCGAAUUUAUAACCACCAUUGGUUGCCCCCCGCCCCCCUUCUCCAAAAACCCUAAUUUGCCACUGACAUUCCAAAACCCUUCAAAUCUGUGCAACAGAAAGAUCAUCAAAAGCCAAAAUGAGGGGUUGGAAAGAUUUGGGGCUUGUUGAUACAAUUUACGAGGAAGAAUAUGAACUCUCUUCUUCUUCUUCUCCUUCUCUUUCUCCUUCUAUGUCUUCUCCUCCACUUCACACUCCCCUCAAUUCCAGAGUGGAAUCCUGGUCAUUGGCAACUGGGAGAAAAACGGACGUCUUGAUAUAUGUCCAGGGAACGUGCUUUCAUCUCCACAAGGACCCGUUAAUAUCCAAGAGUUCAUAUCUGAAACGUCAACUAACGGAACUAUCCGAAAUAACGCUCCCGUUAAACAUAACGUCAGAAACUUUUGCCCUUGUAGCAGACUUCUGCUACGGCGCCAACGUAGUGUUAACGCCGUUCAACGUAGUGGCGCUGAGAACCGCUGCCGAGUUGCUCGGGAUGACGAAGGUCAAGACUAAGCGCGACGAGAACUUGAAGCAAAUAACAGAAACAUACUUCCGUCGAUUAAUCGCCACCAAUCGGGAGCUAACGCUGAUUGUUUUCCGUUCAUGUUUGCGGUUUCUGCCGGAGGCUGAAACGGCAGCGUUUCUGUUGAGCAGAUGCAUUGAAGCGUUGGACUUAACAGGAGAAGGUGACGAGAUGGACAGAGUUCUAGACGACAUUAUAGGUUUGCGCGCCGAUGAGUUUGAAAUCGUCGCAGAAGCUAUGCAAAGCAGGUUUACUAGCCACAACUUCUUGUACAGAAUCAUUGACCUUUACUUUCAGCAACAUAAUGGUAAGAUGACAGAAGAACAAAAGACUUACAUAUGCAAUUUCAUAGACUGUGACAAACUCUCGCCUCAAUUCCUUAUACAAGCAGUACAAAACCCUAUUCUCCCAUUAAGAUUCGUAGUCCGGGCAAUGUUAAUCGAACAGCUGAACACCCGCCGAGCAAUCUUCACUACCUCCGCUGCUGCUUCCACAAACCAGCAAUACACACGCCAACAUCAUAACCAAGAGGUAGCCAUUACCUUAGGCUCAAUCCUUCAAAGAGAUGCAAUGGCACGCGAAGCGGCUCAACUAAAAGCAGAAAUGAACUCAACUAGCUCGCGCAUUGAAAGCUUGGAGAAAGAAUUAGCUGUAAUGAAGAAACUAUUGCAGAGAUCAGAGAAGGAAAGAAAUACAUUAGUAAUGGAGAAAAAAACUCUGCAACAGCUUGAGAAGGAAGGAAGGAAUAUUAUGGAGUCAUCGAGGUCUGCAAGUUUUCAUUAUGGGUUGAGAGAUAGUAAUAAGAUAGAUAGAGGAGAAAGAGGAUCUUCUUCUUUUGCUGGUUUUCGGUUAGGCGUUAGAGGUGAAAAAAAUGGAGGCUCUUCAUUAUCAAAUCUUGACCAUGAGGAAAGUGCAAGUAAUUAUAAGAAGAAUAUUGGUAUGGGAUUUAUAAACAGAUUAAAAAGUACAUUAUGGGUAUCAAAAUCUGCAUCUUCAAAGUGUCAUCGUAAUAGCAAAUUUUCUAGCAGCAAUGAAGACGCAUCUGAACUGGAAGAUGAAAAUGAAGACGUUAUUGUGGCUAAAGAAGGAUGAAGUUGUCAGAAUUGAAGAGUUGCUUUCUAGUUUAAGCAGGUUAGGACAUUAUUGUUAUGGUGAUGAUUUUAUUUUUAUCUUUUCUCUUGAAAUUGAUAUGUAAAUUGAGGUUUAAUUUACACCACCUUUUUUUUUUUUUUUUCA